AUAUGUUUUUUGCAUUAUGCAUGUAUACCGUUUGUAUAUAAUUAUUUUUUUAUAAAAGCAUCUUAUUACUUUUAUAAGAGAAAGUAUAAAUAUUUAAUAUAAUUUUGUGCCUUACAUCAGUUGGCAUAGCAACCAAAUGUUGUUACUAAUGUCCAAGAAGUUCGUGAGAUCACCAAGAUAGAGCGUAUUGGUGCUCAUUCCCAUAUUAGAGGUUUAGGAUUGAAUGAUAGUCUAGAGCCCCGCAAUGUUUCCCAAGGUAUGGUUGGGCAGCUCAUGGCACGUCGAGCUGCCGGCGUUAUCCUGGAGAUGAUUAAGGAGAGCAAAAUAGCAGGUCGUGCUAUUUUAUUGGCUGGACAACCUGGCACAGGAAAAACUGCCAUUGCUAUGGGAAUGGCACAAGCUUUGGGUGCGGAUACUCCUUUCACAUCAAUGGCUGGUUCUGAAAUUUAUUCUUUAGAAAUGAGUAAAACAGAGGCCUUGACUCAGGCUAUCAGGAAGUCUAUCGGAGUCAGAAUUAAAGAAGAGACAGAGAUAAUAGAGGGUGAAGUAGUAGAGAUUCAAGUUGACAGGCCGGCAACUGGAAUUGGAGUGAAAGUCGGCAAAUUGACAUUAAAAACAACUGAGAUGGAAACAAUUUAUGAUUUAGGGAAUAAAAUGAUUGAUUGCUUAAUGAAAGAAAAAGUACAAGCUGGUGAUGUUAUAACGAUUGACAAAGCCACGGGAAAGAUCAAUAGACUUGGACGGUCCUUCACCAGAGCUCGAGAUUACGAUGCGACAGGCUCGCAAACACGUUUUGUACAGUGUCCAGAAGGCGAAUUGCAGAAACGCAAGGAAGUCGUGCACACCGUGACAUUGCAUGAAGUUGAUGUGAUAAACAGUAGAACGCAUGGAUUUUUGGCACUAUUUUCCGGAGAUACUGGAGAGAUAAAAUCGGAAGUACGAGAUCAAAUAAACGCUAAAGUUGCGGAAUGGCGGGAAGAAGGCAAGGCAGAAAUAGUUCCAGGUGUACUUUUUAUCGAUGAAGUACAUAUGUUGGAUAUCGAAUGUUUCUCAUUUCUAAAUCGAGCAUUGGAAAAUGAAAUGGCUCCAGUUGUAAUUAUGGCAACAAAUAGAGGUAUCACAAGAAUUAGAGGGACUAAUUACAAGAGCCCUCAUGGCAUUCCAAUUGAUUUAUUGGAUCGUAUGAUUAUCGUUCCAACGAGUCCAUACCAAGAAAAGGAGUUGAAGGAAAUUUUGAAAAUAAGAUGUGAGGAAGAAGACUGCGAAAUGGCCGAUGAUGCUCUGACCGUGCUGACUAGGAUUGCUUUGGAAACGUCGCUGAGAUACGCGAUACAGUUAAUUACGACGGCUUCUCUUGUUAGUCGUCGAAGAAAAACUACAGAAGUCAGUAUCGAGGAUGUGAAACGUGUCUACUCUCUAUUUCUCGAUGAAAAUAGAUCUACGCAAUUUCUCAAGGAAUAUCAAGAUGAUUUUAUGUUCAACGAAUUUUCUGCUUCAGCUGAGGAUAACAUGGAUGUUUCUUCAUAAUUCAUUACAGAAAUACAAGAAAUUAAACUUUUUUUUAUUAAAUUAUAAGUUACAAAACUCAGUUAUAAUAAAAUUUUUUUUUAUGUAAAAAUAGUUGAGAUUCUUGUAUUCUUCUCUCAUUAUUAUGAUACUUAUCGCAAAUAUGUUAAGUUAAUUACAUAUUAACAUCAGAUUUAUAAAAAAUAAAUGUUUCGCA